AUGUUAGGUUUAUCUCUUUUAUACCGUUAUUUUGAUCCGAAGCAGAAUAAAAUUAUUUUUCCCGAGUUUUUCCGGCUGCCAAAACGGAAGAAUAGGAUUAGUUUUCAGGAAUUUAGAAGCAAGUUUCUGGAACCAGGUUUAGUUCAUCAUAUCGUUGUUUCCAAAAAUUUUGCCAAAGUAUAUGUUAAGAACUCUUAUCUUAAUCAAACAGAAGGCAGUGGUGGCAGUGGUGGCAAAUAUCAAUGUUAUUUCAAAAUUGCAAGUGCUGAUUCUUUUGAGUUGAGAUUAGAGGAAGCACAAAAAGUGCUAGGCAUUGAUCCUCGUGAUUUUGUACCUGUUAUUUAUUCUUCUGGAAUUAUGGAAAUUAUGGAUUUGCGUUUAUUCGUAAUACUUUCCAUAUUUCUCUUGCAUAUGUUUGUCAUUAGGGGUAAGGGUUUUAGUGGGUUACUUAACCUUAAUGGAGGACAUGUUAUCAAAGGAAACCAGAAUCAUAAUAACAAGGUCUAUUUUAAAGAUGUGGCUGGCUGUGAUGAGGCAAAGCAAGAGAUUAUGGAUUUUGUUCACUUUCUCAAGAAUCCUAAGAAAUAUCAAGAGCUUGGUGCCAAGAUUCCAAAAGGGGCUCUUCUGGUGGGUCCUCCGGGUACGGGGAAGACCCUUUUAGCUAAAGCAACUGCAGGGGAGUCUGGCGUGCCGUUUCUUUCCAUGUCUGGUUCUGAUUUCGUGGAAAUGUAUGUUGGUGUUGGAGCAUCUAGGAUGAGAAACUUGUUUAAAGAAGCAAGGAAGUGUGCUCCUAGUAUAAUAUUUAUUGAUGAGAUUGAUGCGAUUGGUCGGUCGAGGGGUGGCCGUUCAAGUGAGGAGCAUGAAAAUACUUUAAACCAAUUGUUGGUGGAGAUGGAUGGUUUUGGAACCACGGAUGGAGUUGUUGUUAUGGCAGGUACAAAUAGAGUUGACGUAUUAGACAAAGCCUUGCUUAGGCCUGGCCGUUUUGAUCGCACAAUAACUGUCGAUAAACCUGAUGUCAACGGCCGUGACCAGAUAUUUCAGAUAUACUUGGGAAGGAUCAAACUUGACCACAAGCCUUUAGAUUAUUCACAAAGGCUUGCAUCCCUUACGCCAGGAUUUGUUGGAGCAGACAUUGCUAAUGUUUGCAAUGAAGCUGCUCUGAUUGCUGCAAGGACGGAAGACGCCCGUGUCACGAUGAAUCAUUUCGAGGCAGCUAUUGAUAGGAUCAUCGGUGGCUUGGAGAAGAAGCACAAGGUAAUAAAUAAGCUGCAAAGGCGUACCGUUGCUUACCAUGAAGCAGGCCAUGCUGUUGCAGGUUGGUUCUUGGAACAUACUGAGCCAUUGUUGAAAGUAACUAUUAUUCCCCGCGGAACAGCAGCUCUUGGGUUUGCCCAGUAUGUUCCGAAUGAGAACCUUCUCAUGACAAAGGAGCAGCUUUACGAUAGGACUUGUAUGAUCCUUGGUGGCAGGGCUGCUGAAAAGGUUCUUAUUGGGACAAUCUCUACAGGAGCACAAGAUGACUUGGAGAAAGUCACCAAGAUAACAUAUGCUCAAGUAGCCGUCUAUGGUUUCAGCGAAAAAGUUGGCCUCCUAUCUUUCCCUCAGAAAGAGGGCUCGUAUGAGACGUCUAAACCAUACAGCAGCAACACUGGUGCAAUCAUUGAUUCUGAAGUGCGAGAAUGGGUGAACAAAGCAUAUGAACGCACCAUAAAACUUAUUGAGGAACACAAGGAGAAAGUAGCUGAAAUAGCAGAGUUGCUACUCGAAAAAGAAGUACUUCACCAAGAUGACUUGCUCCCAGUCUUGGGCGCGCGACCCUUCAGGAGUGCUGAAGUCACUAAUUAUGACAGAUUUCAUGAAGAGAAGGUUGUAGAAACCACCAUCGAUAGAGCCUGA